UUACAGUUUAACUUUGUGGGAAAGCUUUUGGGUCCACGUGGCAAUUCUUUAAAGCGCUUGCAGGAAGAAACACUGACAAAAAUGUCUAUUUUGGGAAAAGGUUCAAUGAGGGAUAAGACAAAGGAGGAAGAAUUAAGAAAAAGUGGAGAGGCAAAAUACUUCCACCUAAAUGAUGACCUUCAUGUUUUAAUUGAAGUGUUUGCUCCACCAGCAGAAGCAUAUGCCAGAAUGGGGCAUGCAUUAGAAGAAAUCAAGAAGUUUCUCAUCCCUGACUACAAUGAUGAGAUCAGACAGGCGCAGCUUCAAGAGUUAACAUAUUUGAAUGGUGGUUCAGAGAAUGCAGAGGUUCCAGUAGUUCGUGGAAAGCCAUCCAUUCGAGCAAGAGGAGUACCGGUUCCUGCUUUGACCAGCAGGCUGUGUCUGGGAACAUCACUGCUCACCCCUGCCCCCACUUCAGUGAAGUCAAAUAAGCAUCUGGUACCCUGUCCUGAGGAGGCAUUCUACAGAUUAGCCAAAAACAAGGGCCGUGGAGGGGUGCCUCCACCACCUGCAGGAGUACCGAGAGGGGCACCAGCGCCCAGAGGAGUGCCUCCCAGUAGAGGACCAGUCAGUCGUAGCCGUGGACUUCUAGCACCCAGAGCGAGAGGAGUACCUCCACCUGCAGGCUACCGGCCUCUUCCACCACCUCCGGCACAGGAGACAUAUGGUGAAUAUGAGUACGAUGAUGGCUAUGGAACUGCUUAUGAUGAGCAAAGCUAUGAUUCGUAUGAUAACAGCUACAGUACUCAAGCACAAAGCGGAGCUGAUUACUAUGACUACGGCCAUGGAUUGAGUGAAGAAACAUAUGAAUCAUAUGGGCAAGAAGAAUGGACCAACUCAAGACACAAGGCGCCUUCGGCAAGGACGACAAAAGGAGUCUACAGAGACCAGCCAUAUGCCAGAUACUGAUUGUACUGUCUGAUGUUGUGAAAUAUCCAAUCUCCACCAGUCCUGUAUACUGUUCAAAGUAAUUUUUCUAUGAACAAUCCCUUUUUAUUAAAUCAAAGCGCUUAAAAAUCUGAAUGGAUGGACUGAGCUUAAAAUAUUUUGUUGAAAGAACAACCUGGACAGAAAGAUAUGUAAAACAAGGAACUUUGUUAUUUCCAAACUGUAUUUGAAAAAUAGGUGAUCAAAAAAAUAACCUUUGAUUAACUAGUGUUAAACUAGGUUUACUAAAUAUGUUAGUCCGUUCUUUUAACAUAAGCGUAACCUUUUAUUUUAAAGGUUUUCAACAACUUAGUUUUUAGUUUUUAUUUUCAGCCAUUUGCUAGUUUUUUUCUCUUUGCAAACAUGCGUAAAAAGGGAAGCAAAUUACAAAUGCAAAUAAUGUGGUAUUUUGUAACUCAAGUCUUGAAAUGUUCUGUAGUGUUAAGCAAAGUUUUACCCUUGCUUGAUACUAAAUAAACUUUUGAAAGAAAAUCA